AUGCGCAUCAUUUCACUACAGCCGAGCGGAGACCUGACUCUUUCCACUGACGCGAUCAAGCCUUCACCACGACCAAACCACAUACUUGUACGCGUCAAAGCCUUUGCAGUGAACCGGCAAGAUUUGAAAACAGGACCAAGCGUGAAAGACGCGGGCGUUGAAUGCGUUGGGAGCGUGGAAGAUACCGGUGGUGUGAAGGGCCUUCGAGUGGGUGCAACAGUGGCCGUUCUUAGCUUUGGAGAAGGCGGUCUAUGGAAAGAUUAUUGCCUUGUCCCCGCAAAAUGUGUCAUCCCGCUUCAGGUAUCUCCACCAACACCCGGUUCCCCUCUUGAUCCAGCCACAUGGGCCAAGUUAGCAGCUAUUCCUUUAACCUUCCUUACCGCAUUCGGUAUCCUGGAUAAUCUGGAUCUUCGAAAACAUGACCGACUCUUGAUUCGAGGCGGUACAUCAUCGAUUGGCCUCACAAUAGCAACCGUUGCAAAAGCCCUUGGUGCGGUUGUAGCAGCUACGACGCGAGAUCCAACAAAAGCGCCCAACCUUUCAGAAAAUGGAGCAGACUUUGUCAUAUUGGAACGUGAGGGAGGAAUCAAGGAUGAUGUCCGGAUGAUGUUUGCGUCCAAGGAAACGUUCAGCUCGACGGACGAGUUAUCUACACCUACAUUGAGUACAACGCGAAUAAACGACUCUGCGGGUGCCGACAAGUGCGUUGACUUGCUGGGUGUUGGCACAGUUCAAGAUUCUCUCCUCGCUUUGAAAAGUCCAGGUGGCAUAUGCUGCCUCGCUGGUACUUUGGGUGGAUCUGAACCUACCACAUUCAACCCCAUGAAAGAUAUACCGUCUGGUGUUUAUCUGACGACAUUCGCGGUGGAUCGCGUAGAUAUGGGACGAGUGCCAUUGCAGGAAAUUGUGGAUCGAGUGCUAGAGAGAGGGGAGUAUAGAUUGAAUUUGGAUAGAAUAUUUGGCUUGGAAGAUCUUGACAAGGUGAAAGAUUACGUUGAAGGAAACAAGGCGAGAGGGAAGGUGGUAGUGGUUCUUCCUAAUGAAUUGUAA